AUGGUGACUUUCGAAAAGAUUCGCAUUCUCGGUCAAGACAUUAUUCAUGUGGGACAUGAUAUACAUUCACAUAUUGUAGAUACAAUUUACCAAGAGUGUAAGUCAUCUUCCUAUGUGGUAAUAACUGAUACGAAUUUGUACAAGGUCCCUUAUUAUCAACAGUUGACGAGGGAAUUGAGAGAGAAACUUCCACAAGGUUCAAGGUUAUUGAAUUACUACGUGAAGCCCGGUGAGUCUAGCAAGAACAGGGAGACCAAGGAAGCAAUUGAGGAUUUCCUGCUUAAUGAGGGAUGCACACGUGAUACUUUGAUCAUUGCCGUUGGUGGUGGUGUCGUUGGUGAUAUGAUUGGUUUUGUUGCCUCAACUUUUAUGAGAGGUGUUCGUGUUGUACACAUUCCAACCUCUUUGUUAGCGAUGGUUGACUCAUCCAUAGGUGGUAAGACAGCUGUGGACACGCCAUUAGGUAAAAACUUCAUAGGUACGUUUUGGCAACCAAAAUUCGUUCUUGUGGAUAUUAAAUGGUUGGAAACCUUGGCAAAGAGAGAGUUUAUUAACGGUAUUGCAGAAGUCAUCAAAACGGCUUGUAUUUGGAAUGGUGAAGAAUUUGCGAGACUGGAAAACAAUGCAUCUACCUUUCUCGAUGUUGUCAACAACUCUAAGUUGAUUAAAGUCACCAACGAUGACACCAAAGAAAUUCAUGAGAUAUCUUAUACCAAUAUUGAUCUUAUGUUGGAACAUACUUAUAAGUUGGUGUUGGAGAGUAUCAGAGUUAAAGCUGAAGUUGUUUCCAAGGACGAGCGUGAAUCAGACCUAAGAAAUUUAUUGAACUUCGGACAUACUAUUGGGCAUGCUUAUGAAGCGAUAUUGACGCCUCAAGCAUUGCAUGGUGAAUGUGUCUCCAUCGGUAUGAUAAAAGAAGCAGAACUUUCUCGCUAUUGGGGAAUUUUAUCUACAACUCAAGUUGUUCGCUUAACAAAAAUUUUAGCCGCGUAUGGUUUACCAAUAUCUCCCGAUGAGAAGUGGUUCAAGGAUCUUACAUUACACAAGAAAACACCAAUAGACGUUCUACUGAAAAAAAUGAGUAUUGACAAGAAAAACGAUGGUGCAAAGAAGAAAGUUGUUAUUUUGGAAAGAAUUGGUUCAUGUUAUGGUAGCUCAGCACAAUAUGUGUCAGAUGAAGAUUUAAGAUUUGUUUUGACUGAUGAAACUCUUGUCUAUCCAUUUGGAAACAUCGAUAAAAGCGAAAACAAGAUCAUUUCACCACCGGGUUCAAAAUCAAUCUCUAAUCGUGCUUUGAUUUUGGCUGCUCUAGGUAAAGGAAAAUGUAAAGUUAAAAAUCUUCUGCAUUCAGAUGAUACGAAACAUAUGUUAACUGCCGUUGAAAAAUUAAACGGUGCAACGAUAUCAUACGAAGAUGAUGGUGAUACUGUUGUCGUUGAAGGUCAUGGUGGAGAAACUCUUCGUGCAUGUUCGGAUCCAUUAUAUUUAGGAAAUGCUGGUACUGCGGCAAGGUUUUUAACUUCACUUGCUGCUUUAGUUGGUCCAUCAUCCAAAAAUGAUUACGUGGUUUUAACAGGAAAUGCAAGAAUGCAACAAAGACCAAUUGGUCCAUUAGUUGACUCUUUGAGAUCUAAUGGUACUCAAAUUGAAUAUUUGAAGAAUGAAGGCUCUUUACCCCUAAAAGUUGAUACUAAUACACCUUUUAAAGGUGGAAGAAUAGAAUUGGCAGCUACAGUUUCUUCGCAAUACGUUUCCUCUAUUCUGAUGUGUGCACCUUACGCCGAAACUCCAGUUACCCUUUCUCUUGUUGGUGGGAAGCCUAUUUCCCAGUUGUAUGUUGAAAUGACCAUUAAGAUGAUGGAGCAUUUUGGUAUCAAGGUUGAAACUUCAAAAACAGAACCUUUCACGUAUCAUAUCCCAAAAGCUCAAUAUGUCAAUCCACCGGAGUAUCUAGUAGAAAGCGAUGCUUCAAGUGCGACUUACCCGUUAGCCUUUGCCGCAAUGAAUGGUUGUACAGUUACUAUACCUAAUAUUGGUAGUGACUCUUUGCAAGGUGAUGCUAGAUUUGCCGUUGAUGUAUUGAAGCCAAUGGGUUGUAAAGUUGAGCAAGGUCCAACGAGCACGACAGUCACGGGUCCCCCAAAAGGCACAUUAAAGCCUUUGAAGCAUGUGGAUAUGGAGCCGAUGACAGAUGCAUUCUUAACUGCUUGUGUAGUCGCCGCAAUUGCGCAUGGCAAUGGUGUAGAAUCUGGAAAUACAACAACAAUAGAAGGAAUUGCGAAUCAACGUGUGAAGGAGUGUAACCGAAUUCAAGCAAUGGCAACAGAGCUUAAGAAAUUUGGCGUAUCAACUACUGAACUUCCUGAUGGAAUACAGGUUCAUGGUUUAGAUUCCAUUGAAGAAUUGAAGUCACCUUCUAACGCAAAUGGUCCUGUUGCGAUCCAUUCAUAUGACGAUCAUCGUGUUGCAAUGAGUUUCUCAUUGUUGGCUGGAAUGGUUAAUUCUACUUCGAACAAAACAAGCAGUCUCCAAACCGUCAAAAUUCUCGAAAGGCAUUGUACAGGAAAGACAUGGCCAGGUUGGUGGGAUGUACUACAUAGUAAACUGGGUGCAAGACUUGAUGGAGCCGAACCUUCCAAUCAAUUGUCACGUCAAAAAUCGUUGAAAAGUGUUGUAAUUGUUGGAAUGAGAGCAGCUGGUAAAACAACUAUCAGUAAAUGGUGUGCUUCUCAGUUAGGCUAUAAGUUGGUUGACUUGGACCAGCUGUUUGAAGAAAGAUAUGGUAAUGGUAGCGUGAAGGAAUACGUGACAGCUAAUGGCUGGGAGAAGUUCCGCCAAGAAGAGACUAACAUUAUUAAGGAAGUUAUUGCCAAAUACGGUGAUUCUGAAUACGUUUUUUCAACCGGUGGAGGAAUUGUUGAGAGUGCAGAAGCUAGGGAAACCUUAAAGAAAUAUGCUUCAGAGGGCGGUAUUGUCUUGCAUUUGCACAGGGAUAUUGAGGAAACUAUCGUGUUUUUGCAAAGCGACCCUACCAGGCCGGCAUAUGUGGAAGAAAUAAGAGAUGUUUGGGAAAGGAGAGAAAAAUGGUACAAGGACUGUUGCAAUUUCACUUUUUUUGCUCCACAUUGCUCUAGUGAAGUUGAAUUUCAAAAUUUAAGAAGAACAUUUGACAAGUACAUCAAGAGUAUUACUGGUUUAAAGGAAGUUGAAAUACCACACAAAAGAUCCUCUUUCGUUUGCUUGACUUUUUCUGAUCUCGCAGAACAAAUUGAUGAACUGCCGGUUAUCACUUACGGAUGUGACGCUGUUGAAAUUAGGGUUGACCAUUUUGCUAAUUACGAUGUCGAUUUUGUUUGCAAACAGAUUUCAAUUUUGAGAACUGCUACGAAUAGCUUACCAAUAAUUUUCACUGUCAGAACCAAAAAACAGGGCGGUAAAUUUCCGGAUGACGAUUUCGAGGCAAUGGAAAACUUGUAUGCUGCAGCAUUAAAGGCCGGUGUUGAGUUCAUUGAUUUAGAAUUAACUUUGCCAAGUAAUCUUCAGUAUAAGGUUUUGAACCAAAAAGGUUAUACCAAAAUCAUUGGUUCUCAUCAUGACUUUGAGGCUCAAUAUUCAUGGGAUGAUUCAGAGUGGGAGAAUAGAUAUAAUCAAGCAGUCUCUUUGGAUGUUGAUAUAAUAAAAUUCGUCGGUUUAGCAACUAAAUUUGAAGACAACCUUUCCUUGGAGAGAUUCAGGGAAACCCACAAGGGCAAGCCUUUGAUUGCUAUCAACAUGUCAGAAGUGGGAAAAGUUUCCCGUGUCCUCAACAAUGUCUUAACUCCUGUUACAUCUCAUCUAUUACCACAGUCAGCUGCGCCUGGUCAGUUAACACUCGCAGAAAUUAACCAAAUUUACACAUCCAUGGGUGGAAUUUCAACAAGAGAGUUUUUUGUUGUAGGAAAGCCAAUUGGCCACUCGAAAUCCCCGAUUCUGCAUAAUACUGGUUAUCAAAUUUUGGGAUUACCUCACAAAUUCGACAAGUUUGAGACGGAUUCUGCUGCAGAUGUCAAGAAAAUUUUAUUGGAUGGAAACAAGAACUUGGGUGGUCUGGCUGUCACAAUUCCGUUGAAACUGGAUAUAAUGCAGUACAUGUCCGAGUUGAGUGAAGCAGCGAAACUAAUUGGCGCUGUCAAUACAGUGAUCCCUCUCGGCCAAAACCGCUUCAGAGGUGACAAUACCGAUUGGUUGGGUAUCAAGAAUUCCCUAAUUGCUAACGGUGUUCCUGAGAUCCUAACUAACGUUUCAGGGUUCGUUUUGGGCUCAGGCGGUACUUCACGAGCCGCAAUAUAUGCAUUGCACGAAAUGGGCUGUUCUGAAAUCUUCUUGAUCAACAGAACAAUCUCCAAAAUCCGUGAUCUAAAAAAAGCUUUUCCAUCUGAGUAUAAUAUCACUAUAGUGGAAACUGGUGAUGAGGUUACUCAAAGCAAAUAUAAUUUCGGCUUGGCAGUUAGCUGCAUUCCUGGAGACAAUGCCUUAGAGGAAAGUCUCCUAUCAAGGAUUGAAAGGGCUUUAAACAAAGGCAAAAACUCGUCUUUCGUUCCAACACUAUUGGAAGCGGCGUAUAAGCCAAGUGUGACACCUGUUAUGAAAUUAGCGCAAGACAAGUAUCAAUGGCAAACAGUUCCAGGAUCCCAAAUGCUCGUUCAUCAAGGAGUUGCGCAAUUUGAGAUCUGGACUGGCCUCAAAGCGCCUUUUAAGGCAAUCUUUGAUGCGGUCACAAAGCAUUGA